CCCGUAGAAAUCUCCGCGGCCCCGGGGCCGUUUGCUUCCUGUUUGUCCGACAAGGAGACAUGGCGGCGGCGCCGGCGGUGGCUGGGUCUGGACCCCGCCGAGGGCGACGGGCGGCGGCCACAGCGGCGGCUUGGGGCGGAUGGGGCGGCCGACCGCGGCCGGGGAACAUCCUGCUGCAGCUGCGGCAGGGCCAGCUGACCGGUCGCGGCCUGGUCCGAGCGGUGCAGUUCUCUGAGACCUUUUUGAAGGAGAGGGACAAACAGUCCAAAUGGAGUGGAAUUCCUCAGCUGCUGUUUAAGCUAUAUACAACCAGCCACCUCCACAGUGACUUCACUGAGUGCCAAAAGAUCCUCAAGGAAAUUUCUCCCCUUCUCUCCAUGGAGGCUAUGGCAUUUGUUACUGAGGAGAGGAAACCUAUCCAAGAAGCCACUUAUCCAAAUACAUAUAUUUUCGACUUGUUUGGUGGUGUUGAUCUCCUUGUAGAAAUUCUUAUGAGGCCUACAAUCUCUCUCCGAGGACAGAAACUGAGAAUAAGUGAUAAAAUGUCCAAGGACUGUCUAAGCAUCCUCUAUAACACCUGUGUCUGUACGGAAGGAGUCACAAAGCGCUUGGCAGAAAAGAAUGACUUUGUGAUCUUCCUCUUUACACUGAUGACAAGUAAGAAGACAUUCUUACAAACUGCAACUCUCAUUGAAGAUAUUUUGGGUGUUAAAAAGGAAAUGAUCCGACUAGAUGAAGUUCCUAAUCUGAGUUCCUUAGUAUCCAAUUUCGACCAACAGCAGCUUGCUAAUUUCUGCCGGAUUCUAGCUGUCACGAUUUCCGAGAUGGACACAGGAAAUGAUGACAAGCAUACACUUCUUGCCAAAAAUGCCCAGCAGAAGAAGAGCUUGAGCUUAGGUCCUUCUGCAGCUGAAAUCAACCAGGCUGCCCUUCUCAGCAUCCCUGGCUUUGUUGAGCGACUUUGCAAACUGGCAACUCGAAAGGUAUCAGAGUCAACGGGCACAGCCAGUUUCCUUCAAGAGUUGGAGGAGUGGUACACAUGGCUAGACAACGCACUGGUGCUAGAAGCCCUGAUGCGAGUGGCUAAUGAGGAAUCUGAACACAGUCAAGCCCCCAUUGUGUUCCACCCCCCAGCGGCUCCUGAGGAGAACGGCCUGCCUCACACAUCAGCUAGGACCCAACUGCCCCAGUCAAUGAAGAUCAUGCAUGAGAUCAUGUACAAACUGGAAGUACUGUACGUCCUCUGUGUGCUACUGAUGGGACGUCAGCGAAAUCAGGUUCACAGAAUGAUUGCAGAAUUCAAGCUGAUCCCUGGACUCAAUAAUUUGUUUGACAAGUUGAUUUGGAGGAAGCACUCAGCAUCUACCCUUGUUCUCCAUGGUCAUAACCAGAACUGUGACUGUAGCCCGGACAUCACUUUGAAGAUACAAUUUUUGAGGCUUCUGCAGAGUUUCAGUGACCAUCAUGAGAACAAAUACCUGCUCCUCAACAACCAGGAGUUGAAUGAACUCAGUGCCAUCUCUCUCAAGGCCAACAUCCCAGAAGUGGAAGCUGUCCUCAACACUGACAGGAGUUUAGUGUGUGAUGGGAAGAGGGGCUUAUUAAGUCGUCUCCUGCAGGUAAUGAAGAAGGAACCAGCUGAGUCAUCUUUCAGGUUUUGGCAAGCCCGGGCUGUGGAGAGUUUCCUCCGAGGGACCACCUCCUAUGCAGACCAGAUGUUCCUGCUGAAGCGAGGCCUUCUGGAGCACAUUCUGUACUGCAUUGUGGACAGUGAGUGCAAGUCAAGGGAUGUGCUCCAGAGUUAUUUUGACCUUCUGGGGGAGCUGAUGAAAUUCAAUGUUGAUGCAUUCAAGAGAUUCAACAGAUACAUCAACACUGAUGCAAAGUUUCAGGUGUUCCUAAAGCAAAUCAACAGCUCUCUAGUGGACUCCAACAUGCUGGUGCGCUGUGUCACACUAUCACUGGAACGGUUUGAAAACCAGAUGGACAUGAAAGUAGCCGAGCUCCUAUCCGAGUGCCGCCUGCUUGCCUACAUAGCCCAAGUGCCCACGCAGAUGUCCUUCCUCUUCCGCCUCAUCAACAUCAUCCAUGUGCAGACGCUAACGCAGGAGAAUGUCAGCUGCCUCAACACCAGCCUGGUGAUCCUGAUGCUGGCUCGACGGAAAGAGCGGCUGCCCCUGUACCUGCGGCUGCUGCAGCGGAUGGAGCACAGCAAGAAGUACCCUGGCUUCCUGCUCAACAACUUCCACAACCUGCUGCGCUUCUGGCAGCAGCAUUACCUACACAAGGACAAGGACAGCACCUGCCUGGAGAACAGCUCCUGCAUCAACUUCUCGUACUGGAAAGAGACCGUGUCUAUCCUGUUGAACCCAGACCGUGAGUCACCCUCUGCUCUGGUCAGCUACAUUGAAGAGCCCUACAUGGACAUAGACAAGGACUUCACUGAGGAGUGAUUUGGGCCUGGUCUCAAGAUGCUGCUGGGCCAGAGCCAAUGCAGGUGGGCGUGGGUCCAAGUGCCACACACCCAGCCCUGUCCCCAUCCUUCCCCUGAUACCCUGCUGCUCCCUGCCUGCCCCAGGUCUUCAGGUGGAGGCUUAGGGGGAAGGGAGUGUCAAGAAUCCCUUGGCCCUGGGUCUGAAGGCCUCAGGUCAUUGGGGAACUUCAGGACCCUUUGAUGAGGAUAGGGCAUCAUGCCCCCACUUCUUAAAAACCAUGGGGCCCUACAAGUAGGGGAUUUAAAAAAAUAGCUCUGAGCUCCUGCCCAGUCUGUUGGUUGUCAGUGCUGGGGACUGGAGAUAUGGACACCUUCCCCAAGAAUCUGUGAGCCAAGCUUGCCCUGGACCUUUGAAUCCAGGAAAGGGCCUCUGAGCCCCCAGGCAGGAGUGGGGGAGACCAGAGAAUGCUUCCUUCCCCCAAGCCUGCCCAUCUGUUGCUCCCUCCUCCCUUGUUUUCCUUUAGCUCCUCUGGUUCUAUUUGCUUAUUGGCCACUGUGUUCAUCCCAGGGGGCUCCCCAGAAGUUGGGGGAGCCUUUAUUUUCCAUCCCUUGGCGCAUAGUGUGGCUGUGUCCCUGCCCUGGGGCAGUGUCUCCUGCCUGAGCCCAGAUACAAGGACACUGACUAGGAGCACACCCUUGACCCUGCUGUCCUUGUGUUGCCAGUUUAUUAACAACAAAUAAAUCAAUUAAAGGAGACUAUUAAAGAACUUUAUUUUAAAGGA